UUGGCAUACUGUGAAUGGACUAUUGAUAGCAAAGCGCAAUGCAUCCUUUGAGACGUUUGGCGUGUAGCCGUUGGUCGUUUCUACUAAACAUUAGAGCACCAAGCGUUAAGACGUUCAGCCACAAAAGUCAGAAGAGACAGUUUAACACCUCCAGUAGCCAUAUGACAAUCAUGCCUGCUUGGGUGAUCGAUAGAUACGGCAGCAAUAGUGUCUUGCGGUAUACAAAAAAUGCCGCGUUUCCUAUCAUCAACUACCCAAAUGAAGUAAUCAUCCAAGUUCAUGCCGCAGGUCUCAACCCCAUUGACGUCAGCAUGAGAGGUGGGUAUGGGGCUGCUUCUAUGGCCAUGAAGAGAGACCCGCUGAAUGUUAAGCAGUCGGGCAGUGAGUUUCCUCUUAUAUUGGGCCGCGAUGUUUCCGGAGUCAUCAUGGAGUGUGGUCUGGACGUGGCACCUGUCUACUUCAAAGAGGGCGAUGAGGUGUGGGCAGCUAUCCCGCCUUGGAAGCAGGGCAGUCUGGCUGAGUUUGUGGUAUUGAGUGCAAAUGAGGUGUCCAAAAAGCCCAAAUGUCUGUCUCACACGGAGGCAGCGGCCAUUCCUUACGUGGCUGCAACGGCAUGGUCUGCCCUGGUCAACACCGGAGGUCUCACUAUGGACAACUGUGCCAAGAAACGAAUUCUGAUCCUGGGAGGUUCAGGAGGAGUCAGAACAUUUUCCAUACAGAUGCUGAAGGCUUGGGGGGCCCAUGUGACUGUGACCUGUUCCCAGAAUGCAGAGCGUCUGGUGAGGGGUUUGGGCGCGGAUCACGUCGUGGAUUACACCGCUGGGCCUGUUGAGGGGCCACUGAGGGCCCUCGAAAAGUUUGACCUGGUUCUGGAUAAUGUGGGCGGGGCCACGGAGAGCUGGGCUCUGGGGCUGCUGAAGCCAUGGUGUGGCGCCAAGUACGUAACCCUGGUAACGCCCUUCCUCCAGAACACAGACCGGCUGGGGGUCGCUGACGGAAUGCUCCAAACAGGGGUCACCGUGGCCGCCAAGGCGCUCAAGCAUUUAACCAAGGGAGUACACUAUCGCUGGGGGAUGUUUGCCCCGAAUGGACUGGCCCUGGAUGACAUCAGUGAGAUGGUGGAUGCAGGAAAGAUCUGUGCGGUGGUGGAGGCGGAGUUCAGCUUCUCCCAGGUGCCCCAGGCCAUGCUGAAGGUGGAGAAGGGUCAUGCCAGGGGGAAGACUGUGGUCACAGUCCCCUGACCUACAUGAACACUGUCCACAUUUUCCUUCAGUAUCAACAGUGCAACGUUUCUGAGGACAAUGGAACUGAUCAGCUUGAAACGUGGUCUAGAAAUGAUGGAUGUAUUUGUCAGAGAUCGUGACUGUCUGUCGAAGGUUAUAAUACCUGUUUGUAGUCAUGUGAUAAUUAAAGCCGUUUCAAGUCCUUGA